CCGCUCCUAGCCCGGGGGAUCCUGGGACUCGGCCUUUCCGGAAGGACCGGCUCGGCGUCUGGGUCUAGGCCCGUGUUCCAGGCCCAGAUCCAGGCCCAGGCCCGUGUUCCAGGCCCUUGCUCCAAGACAGACGCGUGGCCGCGGCGACGCUCUCGUGACAGCGGAGGGCGCAGCGGGCCGCUCGCUGAGCUGCCCGGCCUCGCCGCCGAGCGAGCCGCGGAGCCACAGUACGUGGCGGCGCUCCCCUCGGCUCGGAGCGGAACUGCUGGAGGAGCGGCGGCGCAGGCCUGACCAGCUGAACCGGGUCACUUAACUGGCUUCAGGUGAUGAAUCAUCUGUAUAAUAGUCAGAUUUGAGGUCCACAGCGCUUUGUGGUCCUGCGCCAGAGCGGUUUUCAGUGGAUGACUGAUUGGUGUGUUCCGAGGGGUGCCGCAGUGAUUGCUUGCCCUUGCUAAGGAAAGCGAGCUCUCCUGCUCUUUGGACAUCCUCGUUUCCUAAAGCGUUCAGGUUGUGACCUCUGUCUCCGGCAUACGUCUUUGUGCAAGAGGAAGGCUUUCACAUGAAAGUGUCUCUUGGUAGCGGCGAGAUGGGCGUUUCUGCCCAUUUACAGCCUUGCAAAGCAGGAACCACGCGUUUCUUUACCAGCAAUACUCACAGUUCGGUGGUAUUGCAAGGCUUUGAUCAGCUCAGAAUAGAAGGAUUGCUUUGUGAUGUGACCCUGGUACCAGGUGAUGGAGAUGAAAUCUUCCCUGUUCACAGAGCUAUGAUGGCAUCUGCUAGUGAUUAUUUCAAGGCUAUGUUCACAGGGGGAAUGAAAGAACAAGAUUUAAUGUGCAUUAAGCUUCAUGGGGUGAACAAGGUUGGUCUGAAGAAAAUAAUUGAUUUUAUUUAUACUGCAAAACUUUCUCUUAAUAUGGACAAUCUUCAGGACACACUUGAAGCUGCCAGCUUUUUACAAAUUUUACCUGUUUUGGACUUCUGUAAAGUGUUUCUUAUUUCAGGAGUCUCUUUAGAUAACUGUGUUGAAGUUGGGCGAAUUGCUAACACCUAUAAUCUUAUAGAAGUGGAUAAAUAUGUCAAUAAUUUCAUCCUGAAGAAUUUUCCUGCAUUAUUGAGUACUGGGGAGUUUCUAAAACUCCCUUUUGAACGGCUUGCCUUUGUGCUUUCCAGUAAUAGUCUUAAGCACUGUACUGAACUUGAGCUCUUCAAGGCUGCCUGUCGCUGGCUAAGGUUGGAAGACCCUCGGAUGGAUUAUGCUGCAAAAUUAAUGAAGAAUAUUCGAUUUCCACUGAUGACACCACAGGACCUCAUCAAUUAUGUGCAGACAGUAGAUUUCAUGAGAACAGAUAAUACCUGUGUGAAUUUGCUUUUGGAAGCUAGCAAUUACCAAAUGAUGCCGUAUAUGCAACCAGUGAUGCAGUCAGAUAGAACUGCUAUUCGAUCUGACUCGACACACUUGGUUACAUUAGGAGGAGUUUUGAGACAGCAGCUGGUUGUCAGUAAAGAAUUACGGAUGUAUGAUGAAAGGGCACAAGAGUGGAGAUCUUUAGCCCCCAUGGAUGCUCCUCGUUAUCAGCAUGGCAUUGCUGUCAUUGGAAACUUUCUUUAUGUAGUUGGUGGUCAAAGUAAUUAUGAUACAAAAGGAAAAACUGCUGUUGACACGGUUUUCAGAUUUGAUCCUCGGUAUAAUAAAUGGAUGCAGGUUGCAUCAUUAAAUGAAAAGCGCACAUUCUUCCACUUGAGUGCCCUCAAAGGACAUUUGUAUGCUGUUGGUGGGCGAAGUGCAGCUGGUGAACUGGCUACAGUAGAAUGUUACAACCCAAGAAUGAAUGAGUGGAGUUAUGUUGCAAAAAUGAGUGAACCCCACUAUGGCCAUGCUGGAACAGUGUAUGGAGGCUUAAUGUAUAUUUCAGGAGGAAUUACUCAUGACACUUUCCAAAACGAGCUCAUGUGUUUUGACCCAGAUACAGACAAAUGGACACAGAAAGCUCCAAUGACUACAGUCAGAGGCCUGCAUUGCAUGUGUACAGUUGGAGACAAGCUCUAUGUCAUUGGUGGCAAUCACUUCAGAGGAACAAGUGAUUAUGAUGAUGUUCUAAGCUGUGAAUACUAUUCACCAACCCUUGACCAGUGGACACCAAUUGCUGCUAUGUUAAGAGGUCAAAGUGAUGUUGGAGUUGCUGUCUUUGAAAAUAAAAUCUAUGUUGUAGGUGGAUAUUCUUGGAAUAAUCGUUGUAUGGUAGAAAUUGUCCAGAAAUAUGACCCAGAAAAGGAUGAGUGGCAUAAAGUUUUUGACCUUCCAGAGUCACUUGGUGGCAUUCGAGCUUGUACUCUCACAGUUUUUCCACCUGAAGAAAACCCUGGGUCACCUUCUAGAGAAUCACCUCUUUCAGCACCUUCAGAUCAUUCUUAGGAAUAAGAGUACAGGUCUUCACAUUGAGGAAAGGGCCCUCAAGGAACAGUGCUGGAGGAAUUGCACCUGAGGAGCUCCAACCACACCUUGAUCUGACAGAGAUGGUGAAACUCUGGACUUGGAUCUUUGCCAAAUGCCACAAUGAGAUGUGACUUUGGAAGGUCUUGAGAAGUGGUGAAUGUAUUUUACAUGUGAAAGGAGUGUGACAUUUUGUGAACUGUAGCGGACUGCAUUUUCCAAAGACAGUAGCAACGAUAUCUCCCAUUACACAUAUUUUUCUAGAAUGUUGAAAGUCCUCCAUCAAGAGAUAUACCAUCUAAUUCCUCUCUCCUUGAAUCUGAAUGGGCUUGUGACAACUAGAAUGUGGAUAAAUGACACUGUGGUUUCUGAGGCUAGGUCAUAAAAGGCAAUGCUGCUUUCCUCCUUGCUCACUGAGCCAUCAUAAAAGAAAUGAGGUCACUCGGAGGACAUCAUGCAGCAAAGCAGCCGAGACCACGUAGAGAGGCCUUGGGAAGGUGCUGCUGUCCACAGCCCCAGCUGAGAUCCCAGCUGACAGACAUCAACCACCACGAUACAUCUGAGGGAAGAAAUAUCCAAAUUAUUAUCUACAUAUUCAAAAUCACCCCAAGCCAUCCAGUCUUCCCAGAUGAAAUCUGAGACACUGUGGAACAGACAAGCCAUUCCUGCUGCACUCGGCCCAAAUUCCUAAUCCACAGAGUCUGUGAGCAUAAGAAAAUGUUUGUUUUAAGAUACUAAAUUUUACAAUAAUUUGUAACAGCAAUAUUU